AUGGCUUACCGUCUGUUUGAAGGUAAAGAGCAUGCUGCUUCCUAUUGGAAAUACAGGAUCUCUCCAUCAGAUCAUCUAAUACAACGGGUGCUGGACUUCCUGGAAAAACAGAAAGGUCGUCCCUUUGAGGUGGCAGUGGACGUGGGUUGCGGCUCAGGACAGGGCACUUUGCUGCUGGCCAAGCACUUUGAUUCUGUGGUUGGAACAGACGUCAGUCCUGCCCAGCUGGAAGUGGCUCUGCAGCAUGCCAAAGAGCCAAACAUCGCAUACAAACAGUGUGUUGCUGAGGAGCUGCCAUUUGCUGACAGCUCAGUGGACCUGAUGACAGCCAUGUCUGCCUUCCACUGGUUUGACAGGCCACGCUUUCUCCAAGAGGCCCACAGAGUCCUGAAGCCCCAUGGCUGCCUAGCUCUGCUCAACUACACCAUUGACAUGGAGCUCAGCUACCCCGACUGCUGCUCACGCACACUGAACCAAGUCUGCAAAGAGUUUUAUGCAGCCUUACAUCCGUAUCGCAGUCCUCAUCUCGGCCCCAGCUCUAUUGAGUUAUACCGGGCGGCAUAUGAAUCCAUCACUUACCCCGACAAGGAGUGGCAAGAGUGUGUGUGGGUGAGAAGGCUGAUGCCUCUGUCCAGCUACAUGGGGUUGGUGGAGUCUUUCUCCAGUUAUCAGGCUCUGCUGAGAGACGACCCACAGAAGGCCUCCAGUCUCUCCCAGAACAUCUGUCAAAGGUUAAUGUCCAUAUUGAAGGUGACCUCCACAGAGACAGAGGUGGAGGUGGCUGUGAAGUAUUUCUACCUGCUGGCCUGCAAACCAGAGGAAGACUGA